AUGGUGAGGAAGCCGACGAGCAAUCGCCACGGUGAGGCCGAGUCCGGCGAGGCGGCGGCGGCGGCGGCGGAGAAGGAGAGGAAGGGGUUGUGGUCACCGGAGGAGGACGAGCGCCUCUACACCCACAUCACCCGCUGCGGCGUCUCCACUUGGAGCUCCGUCGCGCAGCUCGCAGGGCUGAGGCGUAGCGGCAAGAGCUGCAGGCUGAGAUGGAUGAACUACCUAAGGCCGGACCUGAAGAAGGAGCCCAUCACCGAUCGAGAGGCGGAGACCAUCGUCUCCCUGCAGAAACUCCUCGGCAACAGGUGGUCGGUGAUCGCGGCGAAGAUGCCAGGCAGGACGGACAACGAGAUCAAGAACUACUGGAACUCCCGCAUCAGGAAGCGCCAGACCGCCGCCGCCGCCGCCGCCGCCGCCACCGCAGCCGGCCGAGCUAAAAGCGAGCCGGCAGCGCCGCCGCCCCUGGAGAAGGAACCGACGGCCAAUGCGGCCACAGUGGAAGCGACGGCAUCGUCUCCUCCAGUGAUCCCAGCGAGGCACCCGGUGUUCGCGUGCCAACUGCUCGACGGAGGCGCCGCCGCCGUCGAAGCCAUACAGUCGCCGACCGCGACAGAGCAGCAGCGGCUGAACCACGCCGGCUCAUCGGAGAGCGAGGUGAGCGCCUGCGGCAACGGCGGCGGCGGCGAGGACUCCUCCCGGGACUACUGCUACUCCGGCGACGGUGACAUGCUCCACCUCAUGGCGCUCGAUGACCUCGACUGCUACUACCCGGCCGACUUGCUCAUCGAUGUGCCCGGAUUGCUUGAUGUUGAUGCAUGGGAUAGCGAACUGUACCCUGCAGAUUCGACGAGUAGCUCGAUGAGCAAUUGA